AGCCUGGCUCACGGACUCUCCUCGGGGGGCUGGCCAGCAGGCCACCCGGCGGGCGCGAUGCCGCUGCUGGCCUCGCCGCUGCAGCAGCUGCAGCACGCCGGGCACUUGCUGGCCCCACCCCACCGCGGCGCCGCGCCGGCCGCCUGGCGCCGCGCCUCGGCGGCAAGCUUGCCCAUGCGCGCGCCACGCAGCGCAGUCGCCGCCGGCCUCCGGGCCGCGCGCUGCGACGCGGGCUGCGGGCGCCUCGCCGCGACCGCCGCGGCCAGCGGCGGCGCCGCCGCUGCCGCGCUGGCCCGGGGCCACGCCAGCAGCGCCCGCAGGGCUGCCGCCGCAGCCGCGGCCGCCGCGCCGGCGCAGGCGGGGGGCGCGUUCACCGAGGAGCGGGAGCCUCUCGUGGCCUGGCUCGAGGAGGCGACGCGGCGUGUGGAUCUCGUGAGGGAGGCCUGGGAGGGGCUGCCGGUAGACGACCAGGGCAUCGCCUCGAGCCUGAUGGCUCAGGACGGGGAGCUGCGCGCCUCCCUGCAGCAGUGCCCGCUGGGCGACCCAGCGGACUCGACCACGAUCCCUCGGCACCUCUGUUCCGACCCGCUCGUCCGCGCCCACGGCGAAGCUACCAGGGCCAUCUUGCAGGCCGAGUUGGCUCGGUCGGAGUGGGAGAUCCGGCUCGCGGAAGCCAGUGGCGGCGCCGAUCCCAGCUCCAUCGCGGCUGUGAGAAUCAACAUGGCCAUGCUGCGUAUGCGGCUCUUCGACCUCGAUGCGGCCAUCGAGGACUUACAUCGCGCCUUCGACCUCGAUGCUACUGACUCACGCCUCGGACUCCUACUACGCUACAGCGCGCAGCUGCGGGCCCCGCGAGAGCCCGACCUGUUAGAGGGCGCGGACCUGUCAGCCGGCGGCGCCAGCGACGCGCUGCUCAAGAAGGUCAGGCUUGCAUUCCUCAACGCCGGCUACGUCCAGGGCACUGUGCUCCGUGCCGCGAAGGCGACCUCUAUGUCCGAGUUCAUCUUCGUGGAGGGCAACGCUGACAGGCUCGAGCAGAGCCUGCUCGAGAGCUGCGAGGAGCCCAACCCCAUGAACCCCGAGCCGCAGGACGGUCUGCCGCGGAUCCCCGGCGAGCUGGUGGACCUCAUCCGCAUCUUCUUGCUGCACCGCGUGCUGCCCCUGGCGCGGCUGUCCCAGCUGCUCGGCCCCGAGUGCCUGCAGCUCCUGCUGACCCUGCGCGCCGUCACGGCCGUGGAGGGCGAUGCCUGCCGGAUGAUCUCUCCCGCAGAGGCUGCCGCGGCAGUCGCCGCGGACCCGACGGGCUGCAACGCCUUCUUCGCGUUUGCCAACGUCGCCGUGUGGCCCAUCGAGGAGGACCUCCUGCUUUGCGCCGAUUUCGAGCAAACGUAUUCCGCUGAGGACAUGGAGCCCGUGAUGUACAUCUCCGAGGAUUCCUGGGCGCUGGUGCACGGGGCGCCCAGGGCGAAGGCCUCCUCGGUGCUGGACGUGUGCUGCGGCAGCGGCAUCCAGGGCAUCGUGGCGCUGCGGACGUAUGCAGACCGAGCCGCCUUCGUGGACCUCAACCCGAGGGCACUGCGGUUCACCCGGUUCAACCUGGCGCUGAACGGGUUUGCGGCGAGGUGCUUGGGGCUCUACAGCGGCCACCUGGAGGAGGCCCUGCCGGCAGAGGUGCUCGAGCGAGGAUUCGACGCCCUCGUGGCUAACCCCCCGUUCGUGCCGAACCCGCAUGGGAUCGCCUCGGGGGCGGGGGCCAUGUUCGGCAACGGCGGCGACUCUGGCGAGGACGUGCUGGCAGCUGUGGUGAGACUCGGCUCUCGGGUGGUCCGCCCGGGUGGCACCGUCUCGGCGGUGGCCAUGACCCCGAACGCCGAGGGCCUGCCGGGGCGCAUCACACGCUGGUAUGCGUCCGCGGCUGGCGAGGGCGCAAGCUUCGAGGCCAACGUCUUCUGCGGCGCGCCGACCCCUGCGGACCGGUACCAGCCCACCAGCACGCAGGCCGAGACCGCCCGCUACCAGGCUUCGCUCAGGAACAUGGGCGUGACCAGCAUGUCCGAGACCGUCACGGUGCUCCGCGUGGGCGGCACCCAGGGCCCGGUAGCCUGCGUGGCCGGCGAGCCAAGGCCAGACCUCUGGGGAGACGCCGGCUUUUUGCGAACAGUGGUGCAGAACUCCUUGGCCACUCCGGCUCAACAGCACGCGUCGCCGCCGCCAGGUCAGCAGCGGCAGCGGUCGCCUGCCUCGGCCGCCCCGCUGCCCGACCUCGAGCCGCCGGCCACGCCGCGGCAGGCCGCGGCGCCGGCGGCGGGCGCCGGCGGCGGGCUCGAGGAGGAGCUGCCCGACGAGCUGCCCGUCCGGGAGGGCGCGCUGCCCGGCUUCCAGGACGGCUUCUUCCCGGGGCACUUCCGCGCCCCCGGCCCCGGCUGGGAGGCGAGGGCGCGGCUGCUGGAGGGGAUCCGCAGGCUGAGAGCCCGGAAGGACCAGGCCGCCGAGCGGGCGCGGCGGGCGCAGGCCGCGUGA